CGACAUCGCCAUUCUACCCUUUUAUGUCACGUGACUCGCACACUACGCACGCACGCACGUGUGGUGAGCUUGGUGCGGAGGACUCUUUUGCCCAGCAGUAUAAUUUGUGUAGAUUUGCAAAGCUUUAAUUGACAAAAUGCUUAACGCAGCAAGAAUAUCGUCCCGUUCAGUUCUAGGCUCUAACUCUGUCACAGAAUGUCUAUUACGGCGUAGCUUCGUCACCCUUUCCUCCAAGGACCACCUUGUAGAGAAGAAUGGUCAUGGGCAACAAGUUAGGAACAAAUCUGACCAAGUUAAAGGUGCUGUUAUUGGCAUCGACUUGGGCACCACCAACUCGUGUGUGGCAGUCAUGGAGGGAAAGACACCAAAGGUCAUUGAAAAUUCUGAAGGGUCACGGACUACACCAUCAGUAGUGGCAUUUACAGCUGACGGCGAACGGCUAGUAGGCAUGCCUGCCAAGCGUCAAGCUGUGACCAAUGCAUCAAACACACUUUCAGCAACCAAGCGACUGAUUGGUCGAAAGUUUGAAGACCCUGAGGUCAAGAAAGACAUGCAAACUCAGUCCUAUAAAAUUGUGCGAGCUUCCAAUGGAGAUGCCUGGGUGGAGGCACAUGGAAAGAUGUACUCCCCAAGCCAGAUUGGGGCUUUUGUGCUGAUGAAAAUGAAAGAAACGGCAGAGGGUUAUUUGGGCCAUAAUGUUAAGAACGCAGUCAUUACUGUUCCUGCAUACUUCAAUGACUCCCAGCGACAGGCAACGAAAGAUGCAGGUCAGAUUGCAGGCCUUAAUGUCCUUAGAGUCAUCAAUGAGCCAACUGCUGCAGCCUUGGCUUAUGGCAUGGACAAGACUGAUGAUAAAAUCAUUGCUGUUUAUGACUUGGGAGGAGGCACUUUUGACAUCUCGGUGCUUGAAAUCCAGAAGGGCGUCUUCGAAGUGAAGUCAACUAAUGGCGACACAUUCCUCGGAGGAGAGGACUUCGAUAAUGCCCUUGUCAAGUUCCUUGUUCAAGAGUUCAAGCGUGAGCAAGGGAUCGAUGUUACCAAGGAUAACAUGGCUAUGCAACGCUUGAAGGAGGCAGCUGAGAAAGCCAAAAUUGAGCUUUCGUCAUCUGUUCAGACGGACAUUAACUUACCCUACCUCACCAUGGACCAAUCUGGCCCCAAGCACAUGACACUGAAAUUGUCGAGGUCCAAGUUUGAAGGCCUUGUGGCAGACCUUAUUCGGCGCACUGUGGAGCCUUGCAAGAAGGCCAUGCAGGAUGGAGAGGUGAAGCGUACCGACAUUGGGGAAGUGUUGCUCGUGGGAGGCAUGACUAGGAUGCCAAAG